GACAUUUUUGUUGACCGGCCGCCGCGAAAGGCGAAAGAGGCCCCCGUCUGUGUCUGUAUGCCUCCUGCAGACGGCGGGCUGGGUUGUCUUGAGGACUGUCUGAACAGAUGUAUGUUUAUCGAGUGCGAUGUCAAGACCUGUCCGUGUGGAUCGCAGUGCUCGAACCAGGCUUUUCAGCGAAGAGACGAGGUCAAGGAGCUGGAAGUUCACUGGACGCAGGCCCGUGGAUACGGCCUCAGGACCAACGUCGACAUUCCCAAGGGCACACUGGUACACGAAUACCGCGGCGAGGUUAUCUCACAGCAGACAUGUCUCGAUCGCAUGAGCACCAUCUACAAAGACCAGACAUGCUGCUAUUUUUUGAAUUACGCCAACGGCGAGGUCAUCGAUGCGUGCCAGAAGGGUACCGUGGCCCGGUUCGUCAACCACAGCUGCGACCCCAACUGUCACAUCGAGAAAUGGUUCAUCAACGGCGAGUUUGGAGUCGGUCUGUUCUCCUCAGUGGACAUCCCAAAGGGCACCGAGUUGACGUACGACUAUCGCUUUGACGCCUUCGGGCCCAUGCAAAAGUGCUUCUGCGGAGCGACAAAGUGUCGAGGUAAGAAUAUGGGACUGCAGUAG